AUGGCCAGCUGCAAGCCGAAGGGACCAGCCAAGGGCGGCGCGGCCGCGGCGCCAGAGGCCUGCGGUGGCGUUGCCGACAUCGACCCCAAGCUCGAGUGGCACGACGGCGCCAACAGCUACAUCAUUCGCCUCAAUCUCCCAGGGUUCAAGAAGGAGGACUUCAAGGUUCAGGUGGACUCCGGCGGCCGGCUGACGGUCCGCGGCGAGCGUCCCGCCGGGUACGUGCGGUUCCACAAGGCGUUCCAGCUGCCGCAGACGGCCAACCUCGAGGGGGUCGCCGGCCGCUUCGACGGCACCGUGCUGUCCCUCACCGUGCCCAAGCAGCCGGUCUCCGGGACCGACAUGGUGAUGGCGAGGCUGAUCGAGGCCAAGGAGGAGUGCGCGGCGCGGGCGGAGGCGACGACGUGGGCAGAGGCCCUCGGCGGCAAGGGGCAGAUGGUCGCCGCGGCCGUCGCCGGGUUCGCGCUCGGCGCGUUCCUCGCGCACAGGCUCUUGUCGGCCACGAAUAGCUAA